AUGAAUCUUCAGUCAGCGACAUACGCAGAUCGCGAUGCCUAUCGUCGCGAUCUGAAAGCCGAAGAGACGCGCCUCUGCCACGCCUUGCAGUCCGUUCGAGCUCGCAUCAACGGCCUGGCGACCGUUAAGACUCUUCCACCCGAAAUAAUUCUUCAGAUAUUUGCAGAUAUCGCGUAUGAUGACUGUCCCAUUGUCAACCAUGACCGGCGAAUCCCCGCCAAUCUGGGAUGGAUUCGAACCCUCACGCACGUCUGCCAACACUGGCGGCAUAUAGCUCUCGCAACUCCCUCGCUCUGGACGAACAUUUGCACAUCGCUUGGCCCACGAUGGGCUGAGGAGAUGUUUCAACGCUCUCGAACUACACCCGUGUCUCUCUCCUGGACUUUCACCCGACAUAUCUCCACAUCACUUGACAAAUACCUAUACGCCCAAUUAUCCCAAACCACCGUGUUUGCAAACGUACGCACUCUGGACCUGACUGGGGGCGCAUCAAUUCUUCGACUUUUGGAGCAUCCAGCCCCGGCGUUAGAGGAGCUCUCUCUUCUCUACCGUCUCGGCUUUGUCGAUCUUUCCGCCCACGUCUUCAGUGAAUCUGCACCUAAACUACAAACACUAUACCUAUUUCACUGUAGCGUCCCAUGGGGUUCGCCAAUCCUCAAUAACCUCACCCACCUCACGGUCGUCUACCCUUCCUGCGAGACCGACAUGUCAGAGGUGCCCGUCUAUGACGGCGAAGAGAAGCACCCCACUCAUGAACAGCUAUUGGAAUUUCUUCGCAAUGCCACCUCGCUGGAAACGCUCUCGCUGUCGCACGCCCUACCGAUUGUCGGUAUAGACACGUCUCCAGCCAACGACUCUCCAAUCGUAACCCUUCUUCAUUUGAAGACUUUGAUCCUGACGGGCCGUGUUGGCGACUGUUCAGCAUUCCUGCGGUCCAUAUCAUUUCCUCAUACUGCCAACCUCACACUUGGUUGCAUCGCGGACGUUGGAUCGCCACCUGGACAGCGGUUACUCGAUAUCAUCCCAGUGCUCGUAGCACGCGUCGAGGACUCUGCGUAUGAUGACUUACCCAUUCAGGAGUUUCGUAUCCAGGACAUCGACUGUUUAACGAUAUCCGUUUUUAUCGAUGCACCGUCGUACACCCCGAACUUCCCUGGUACGACUCCACGAUUUGGAACUAGUAACAAACGGGUCAAUGUGUUCACAGCCACCUUCAGCUAUCUAGACGACCACCUCCCAUACCUGGCCUCCGUCGAUAUCAUUCAGUCUCUAUGCCGUGCUCUCCCCCUCUAUAACCGCGUCAUCGAACUCUUAGAUUUCGAGUUCGAAAGCGAUUUUUUGGCCAAACUCCACUGGCUCAACAUCUUCUUUCCCUUCCGUCACAUCCGUCGUAUGGAAUAUUCCGGACUCACGCUGCGAUAUUCACCCACCGAUGCCACCACCCCGCCGUCCUCGUCACCGCUUCCACUUCGCUUCAAUGUUUUGAUGGAUCCAGAUCGGUUCCCACUCCAACGUCGAACUCUACAUGAUACUUGGACGGAGAGCGGGAGCACUAAAAGGCUUAUUUUCCCUGGCUUACGCAGUUUGAAGUUCAGGAAUGUGGAUUUCGCCGAGGGGAAUAACGCUGGGUUGCGUGCGUGGCAGGGAUUUUUGAAGGAUAUGAUUUGGCAGAUGGAAGAGAGGAAGAAGGAGGGAGAUCCGCUCGAGGAGUUGGUGUUUGAGGAGUUAGUGGUCGUGCGUCCGCUGAAGGUGUCGAUGAUGGAGCAGUGCAGGGUGGAUAUCGAGCGAAUGAGGGAGGUGGUGAAGGUGGUUAGGUUCGAGUGA